CUUCCGUUUGACUUACGCAUUCUCCUCCAUAUUUACGUUCAUUUGCCGUCGAAGACUCAGCGAGUUGACUAGUUUUUUAUUACAAGUUAGUGUCCCAAUAAUUUAAUCAAUCAUGAGUGGAAGAGGUAAAGGUGGAAAAGUUAAAGCUAAGGCAAAGACCCGUUCAAGUCGUGCUGGUCUGCAAUUCCCUGUCGGUAGAAUCCAUCGUUUACUCCGUAAAGGGCACUACGCUGAGAGAGUAGGAGCUGGGGGCCCCGUCUACCUUGCCGCCGUCAUGGAAUAUCUAGCUGCCGAAGUUUUGGAAUUGGCAGGAAACGCAGCUAGGGAUAACAAAAAGACCCGUAUCAUCCCCAGGCACCUCCAAUUGGCCAUCAGGAAUGACGAAGAGUUGAACAAACUCUUAUCUGGUGUAACCAUUGCCCAAGGUGGUGUGCUUCCCAACAUCCAAGCCGUUCUCCUACCAAAGAAAACUGGAACCAGUGGAGGAGGUACCUCUGGAAAAUCUUCCAAAUCCCAAUCUCAAGACUAUUAAGUAUUUGUACGUGUUUUCAUGAAUUCAUUGUUCUUCUAUGUUUUACCUUAGUAUUUUAGAGUAAUUUUGAGCUACUACAUUAAAUUAUAGUUAUAAAUAAA